AUGGCUACAGCCAAGCCGGAGACGUAUGUGGCGGUGACCGUGGCAAUGCUGGGGGCUGCCAUGUUUGGCUUCGAUCAAGGUAAUUUUGGCAACGUUCAAAGUUUCGAGUCUUUCAGACAAGAAUGGUGCUUAGGUCGCUAUGGCGACGAGAUCACCUGUAGCGAGGCCGGAGCUCUGCAGAACGCCUCCUGGCUUCGCUUCGUGACGUGGGGCGCCACGCUGAUCACCUUCGGCGCGGCGGCCGGCGCCACGUUGGCGGGGCCCCCGUUGUGUAACGGCCUGGGUCGGCGGCCCUGUGUGCAGAUCGUGGGGGCGGUGUGUUGCCUGGGCUGUGUUAUGGCGUCCUAUGCAUCUUGGCACAGUGUCUACGAGUUUUACCUUGGACGUUUCAUCACUGGCUGCGGCGUGGGCAUCAGUUGCUUUGCCCUGCCACUGUACAGCGCGGAGAUUUCCCCACCCCAGAUUCGUGGCGCCACCGGAUCGUUGUUCCAACCGAACGUGGUGGUGGGAUGUUUCUUCUCGUGCCUCUUCACCUUGCUGAACAACGAUUGGUACAUGGGCAUGGUCUUGCCGGGCUUGGCAGGUGCCUUGCUGCUGCUGCUGGGCCAAUUCGUUCCUGAGUCUCCACGUUUCCUGAUGGAGCAGGCCCUCCGCAGCAAGGGCAUCGAGGCCGCGACGGUGCUGGGCACAGGAGCUCUGAAGCGACUGAGACAUGGCGAUGUGCGGCCGGAGGUGACGGAGAUUUUGUCGCAGAUCAAGAUGGAGAUGAAGUGUGAACCUGUGAGCUUCCGGGGCCUCUUCAAGAAGCCCAACUUGCGCAAACGGGUGCUCAUCGCUUGCGCGUUGGUGGUUGGACAACAAACCACUGGUGUGAACGCCUUCUUGGGCUAUGCGGCAACUUUGUUCAAACACUGUGGCAUCGAAGAUCCCAUCAAAUUCAACUCGAUCUUCAACAGUAUCAUGAUCUUCGGCUGCGUGGCUGGAUUGCUGUUGAUCGACUCCAAAUACGGGGGCCGUCGCAGCCAGCUGCUGCUGGGGACGUUGAUGAUGGGCCCACCGCUGGUGGUGGCAGCUGUGGCACUGAAGUUUGGCUGGCCGUGGCUGACCAUGUGUAUGGUGGUGCUCUAUGGCGUGGGCUUUCAAUUUGCCUGGGGCACUAUACCUUGGAUAUACCCAGCGGAACUCUUUUCCAUGUCCGAGAAGGGAUCCGCAGUCUCACUGGCCGUGGGGGUGAACUAUGUGGCCAAUGCGCUGGUUGUGUACGUGACGCCGAGCUUCAUGAGCUGGUCAACGGUAGGGACCUUGUUGGUGUUCGGAGCUUUGAAUCUGCUGAAUGCCAUCUUUGUACUUCUGUUCAUCAAGGAGACCAAAGGAGUCUCCUUGGAAGUGAUCCCCGAUCUCUUCGGUGAGCGUCUCGACGAAAGUCUCGAAGCCGAGCCGUGGCCCGGAGCCUAUGGAAAGGCGAAAGCCAGGGAAAGGCAAAAAAGGUUGAAGAAUCUGGUGAAGAAUCUGGUUCAGGGUGAGGGAUCCUGGGAUAUCCGGAGAUCCUCCGGAGAUCGGGAGAGACAUGGAGAGACCCGGAAACCCUGUGCUCCUUUGGCACCUUUGAGUGGCAUGCCACUCAUGAAAGAGACCCUUUUCUUCAGUUGGGAAAUUCCGUUAGAGAAAUUCAGUUUCGGCCAGAGUCAGCUCCCUUUGGUGGACUUCUUCCUGAGAGUUGGGGGCCCAGUGGGAAAAAUUCACCUUUUGGAAAGCCAUGGUUUCGAUGGGGGGGUCAUCAUCGAAGUUUCCCUGGUGGAUUUAAUGAGAACAUCAUCUAACAAUAGAGGUUUCUAG